CUGCGGAUAACUGUGUGGUCCCUGUGUACAAAAUCUGUAUCUUACAUCAAGUAUCCCAAAGCUUGUCAGCAGGGGAUAGCUUUCGCCAAGGAUGGCCGCUAUAUGGCAGUAGCAGAAAGACGUGACUGCAAGGACUUCAUUAGCAUCUUUGUAUGCAGCGACUGGCAGCUACUAAGACAUUUUGACACUGAAACGCAAGAUCUGUUUGGGAUUGAAUGGGCUCCUAAUGGCUGUGUUCUGGCAGUGUGGGAUACCUGUCUGGAGUAUAAAAUAUUGCUGUACUCCCUUGAUGGCAGACUACUAUCCACGUAUCGAGCUUAUGAAUGGUCACUAGGCGUAAAAUCAAUCACCUGGAGUCCCAGCAGUCAAUUUUUGGCAAUUGGCAGCUACGAUGAAAAGGUGCGUAUCUUGAACCAUGUAACUUGGAAGAAGAUCACCGAGUUUGAGCAUCCAGCAACCAUUGCUAACACAAAGACUAUUGUGUAUAAAGAAGUGGAGAAAUCCCCAUCUACUGAAACAGAGAGACUUUCUUUCCCUCCAACAAGAGCAUUGGCUAGUUCUCUCUUCAGCACACAAAGUAAAUAUGACAUUUCCCAGGUGCCAGUUUCUUUACACUAUAUCAAACCAGUUGCUGACAGGGCGAAUCCCAAAAUGGGAAUUGGGAUGUUGGCAUUCAGUCCAGAUAACUGUUUCCUGGCAACCAAAAACGAUAACAUUCCUAACGCUGUCUGGAUCUGGGACAUUCAAAAGCUGAAACUGUUUGUAGUCUUAGAGCAGCUGUGUGCGAUCCAGUCUUUCCAGUGGGAUCCACGACAACCUCGACUUGCUGUAUGUACAGGAAAUAGCAAAGUCUACUUGUGGUCCCCAGCUGGCUGUGUGUCAGUGCAGGUUCCAACAGAAGGUGACUUCCAGAUUGUGUCUCUGUCCUGGCAUUCUAGUGGAGACUCCAUGGUGCUUCUGAGUAAGGACAACUUUUGUGUGUGUUAUUUAGAAAGAGAAGAGGUAAAAUAAUAAGCAUUUGCAUUAAAAAUGCUC